GCGGGACACAGUUGACAGUUGGGAGGACUGGGUGAACUGGGUUAGCGGCUCAAUAUCUGAUUACUUUCGGUUUGGAUCUCAGCUAUCGAUCGACCUCUGUCCAUUCACAGCUCAACACUCCGGUAAACACAGUUCCUGUAUGAAUCCGUCAAAAAACUCUCCGCCGGGAUCAUGCUGAAAACAUCCAAAGCGACACUUUGCCUUUGUUUGUUGUUUGUGCUGGAGACGACUGUUCUUCGGGGGAGUUGCUCACUGGCUAAUAAUGUUGCAACUUUAGACGAGGACAAGUUCACCAUCAAGCACUCAAGCACAGGGAAAUGUCUGAGUGCAACGACUGCCUCGGACUUAAGUGUCUCCAACUGUGACCCAAAUAGCAAUUCCCAGUCAUGGAAGUGGGGUUCAGGCCACCGACUCUUCCACGUGGGUACGUCCCUCUGCUUGGCGUUGAACGUCAGCUCCAAAGCCUUGUCCCUGGUGGACUGCAGCUUCAACACCUGGCUGUGGUGGCGCUGCCAGGAUGGGGCUGUUUACACUGUUUAUCAGAUGGGCCUGGUGGUCACCAACGGCAAACUCGAUGCCAAACGGGACCCUACUGAUACUUGGGUAAGAGGAGGUUACCAGGACAACAUCUGCCACAGGCCAUACCGAGUUGUUCACACCACCAAUGGAAACUCUGCCGGCCGUCCCUGUGAGUUCCCAUUCAAGUACAACAACACCUGGCAUCACGGAUGCCUCCAAGAUAAGGAUUUACCUCAGCUAACCUGGUGUUCCACUUCCUCUGACUAUGACCAAGACAGAAAUAUGGGACACUGUCUAAUACCUGAGGAAGGUUGCCAGACCCUGUUCAACAGGACGGAAGGGGAUUCCUGCUAUGAGUUUGUUCCCAAUGCCGCAGUGACCUGGCAGGAAGCUUUGGAUUCAUGUCGUAGCCAGGGAGCUGAUCUGCUCAGUGUGUCAGAACCCAAAGAGCUUGACUCUGUGCACAAACUUGGCAAAAUGGCUGACAGGAUGUGGAUCGGCCUUCAUCAGUUAGACACCUCUCAGGGCUGGCAGUGGUCAGAUGGUUCCCCUCUCUCCAUCCUGCGCUGGGAAGAAGGAAUGCCAUCCACCGCAAUCAUUAUCGAGUCAGACUGUGGAGUCCUGAACUCCAGGCAGAGCUAUGAAUCGGAGUCGUGCAACAAACGGUUGCCAUACAUCUGCAAAAAGAAUGUCAACGCCUCUCACACAGCAGCCGCAGAGUCUUUUGCAUAUAAAGAAACAGUGUGUGCAGAUGGUUGGGUCUCUUGGAAUGGUUGGUGUUACAAAUUAGUGAAGGACACACCGCUAAACUUUGCAGACGCCCAAAUGCACUGUAACAACACAGAGGGAGGAGGCUCUCUGGCCAGCCUCCACUCCAUUGACACCAAGGAGAUGAUCAGCACUAAUUCCCAUGCAGAGGGCGAGCCGUUGGAUGUGUGGAUUGGUCUGCUCGGUACUGGCGUAAACCAAACUGUCUUCAGGUGGAUCGACCAGGCGCCCAUGACUUUCACUUUCUGGGGCCCAAACCAACCAGUCCAGCCUACCCUGGAUACCAGCUGUGUCUUCUACUCUGAAGAGUCUCAUGGUUGGUGGGUUGGGAACUGCACUGAGAAGCUACCUUUUAUGUGUCAGAAGAAAGGAAAAGUCAAUGAGUCAGCGGUACAGACCGGAUGCCGCUUUGAGGAUGGUUGGCGAAGACACGGCAACUCGUGUUACAAAGUGAACACCACACAAGUUUCCUACAAAGAUCGCUGCAACAUGACAAUAAGAAACGGGUUUGAGCAGGCCUUCAUCAGCAGGCUGCUUGGGGAGCACAUUAACAGGGAAACUCAGUACUUCUGGAUCGGGCUGCAGGAAAUGAAGAACACAGGGGAGUACCAGUGGCUGAGCCAGGAUGGGCAACAGGGUAUGGUUACAUACACCAACUGGGGCUGGUUAGAACCAGAUCAGGAUGGAGGCUGUGCUGUGAUGUCCACAGCAAAACCCCUCGGCAAGUGGGAGGUGAAGAACUGUACCAUCUUUAAGGCCGGCACUCUUUGUAGGAGAGACCUUAGUCCACCUCCACCCCCAGAACCAGAGAUAGACCUCAGCAAACCCUGUCCGAAUGGAUGGGUGUCCAAACCAAAUGACAAAUACUGCUACAAGGUGUUUCAUGAGGAGAGGCUCAGCAGGAAACGCUCGUGGGAGGAAGCUGAGAGGUUUUGUCAGGCUCUGGGAGCUAAUCUGCCCAGCUUCACCAAUGUUAGUGAGAUGACAGCCCUGCACAGCAUUAUGAGAGACUCCAUCAGUGAUGAUCGAUACUUCUGGGUCGGUCUGAACAGACGAAGCCCAGCAGAUCGCUCCUGGCAGUGGAGCGAUGGUCGCCCUGUAUCUUUGGAUGUUUUGCAUAAUGAAUUCCAUGAGGAUGAUGCUUACAGUCGGGACUGCACUGCAUUUAAGACAAUGAAGAGUUCCUUCAAACACCUGUUAGUGUUUCUGCUCCAUGACAUGCCUCCCACACCUUUCUUCGCCACGCCGUUUCACUGUGACGCCAGGCUUGAAUGGGUCUGCCAAAUACCGCGUGGAAAGACACCAAAGAACCCAGCCUGGUACAAUCCUGAUGGGCACCAUGCGUCGUCUACCUUCGUAGAUGGAGCAGAGUUUUGGUUUGUGACGGAGCCUAAGCUGACUUUCGAGGAGGCAGAGCUCUUUUGCAGUGCAAAUGACAGCAAAUUGGCUGCACCGCAGAGCCCCACUGCUGCCAGACAGAUCCACAAGAAGCUAAUGAAUAUUUCAAGUUCUCAGAGGCAAAGUUGGUGGAUCGAUUUGAGAGAGCCUUGGCGAAUUUUCCCGAUGACGUACAUGCAGGCACACUUAUAUGAUUCUUUCUUGGGCAGAUGCACCUCUAUCAAUCCUGAAAACCCCUUUCCAACAUAUCGGACAUGCAGACAGCCAUUGUCCUUUGUGUGUGAAAGGCACAACAUCACGUCAGUGGAGAAAAAACCUCUGGAACCUCAGCCUGGAGGACUGCCAUGUGGAAAUAACUCUCUGGCCUUCAGAAAUAAGUGCUACACACUGAUGCCAAGCAUGAAGCCUAUGACAUUCAAGUCUGCAAAUGAGGAAUGCCAGUCAGUGAGAGGAACCCUGGUCACCAUAUCAGAUCAGGUUGAGCAAGACUUCAUCACCAGCCUGCUGCCAAGCAUGAAAGACAUGGGAAGGAUAUGGAUUGGUAUGAAAAUCCACAAUUCCAAACCUGAAUGGAUGGACCAGACCGAAGUCACCUACUUCAAUUUUCAUUCCCUGCUUCACGGCAUGCAGAGGGCUAUAAAAGUCAAUACAUUAGAUCCAGAGAGCAUGGAUAUGUGCGCGUUUUUAAUCAAUAACCCCAACUCUGCCAUGAUGGGUACCUGGGACUAUGCCUCCUGUGCGCAGUAUCAACAUGUGGCCAUUUGCCAACAUUAUGCAGAUAAAGUAGAGGGGCGGGAAAUCCUCUCAGAGACUACAAAAGUCGAUAACAACACCAUCCUGCUCGUCAAAAACCUCACCUGGUUUGAGGCCUUAGAGCAGUGCCGAAAUGAAGGCAUGGACCUGGCGAGCGUGGCUGAUGCCCACGUGCAAUCCACCCUCAGUGUGCACGUGAGCCGUGCAGGCAUACCCAUGUGGAUUGGCCUCUUCAGCGAAGACGAUGGGAUCCACUACCGCUGGACAGACCACAGUCACACCCUAUUCAGUCGCUGGUCUUCUGAUGUCACCAUUGGACGCUGUGUUUACCUCGACAUUGAUGGCUUCUGGAAAGCCACCGAGUGUGAGGAGAUGCUAGGAGGCGCUAUCUGCCGCAAACCAGAGAAAGAGAUCAUCACCACACCAGAUGAUGUUGCAGUGAAGUGCCCCCAUAAGAUUAACGGUCCCAACUGGAUCCCCUUCAAGAAGAACUGCUACGCCUUCCAGCUGGUCUCCUCCAGAUGGGACAAGGAUGACAAAGGACAGAUUAAGGAGACCUGCAAAGAUCUCCAUCAAAAUGCAGAUAUCUUAACUAUCCGAAAUGUUGAGGAGAACGAGUUUAUCAAGGAACAACUCAUACCAUUUCAAAACCUGGUCCAGUUCGUAUGGCUGGGGCUGUUCAAAGACAGUAAGAAUAACCAGAUGAAGUGGUAUGAUGGUACAAAUGUCCAAUACUCUAACUGGACAAUCGGCAGACCAGAUGUAGACGGGCCCUUCUACGCUGGUCUCAGUCUUCAAGGCAACUGGCUUCUCAUCAAAAACAAAUUCUUAUUCGAAGAGUUCAAACAAAGGGCAAUUGUAACCUGCAAACUAGACAAAGAAUCAAAACUUCAGUACAACAAGUCAACCAAAGAUUUUCAGAAAUUCAACAGCCUGACCUACGAGGUUGUAACCCGAGCAUUGUCUUGGUACGAGGCUCUGGAGGAGUGUGGCCAGCGUGGAGGCCACCUGGCAAGUGUCCACAACAUCGGGCAAAAUGAACACGUGCAGGCCAUUGCUAAAACAGAUGGUUUCCCACUCUGGAUUGGCCUAUCGGACCAGGAUGUUAGGGACUCAGCCUAUGAGUGGUCUGAUGGAACAAGAUUAGACUACAAAGCCGCCAUCUCUAACUCACAGGAGGACUCCAGCUCAGACGAUCCAGAGGCUGUCUGUGUUUUUGUAAACCCGACUGGAGCCUGGGUGCGGACCAGCUGCCACACAUUGGUGGAUGGAGCCAUCUGCUACACCACCACCGUCAACAACGCUUCCCAGAGAGCCAAACUUAAAGCAGUUCCAGAGGCCAAUCGCUGCCCUCAGACCAAUGGUACAUCCAAGUGGGUGCAAUAUAAAGAUCAGUGCUACGCCUUCGACAUGAGCUUUUACAACUACAGCGUCUACAACCUGAAGCAGGCCAAGAACAUCUGUGAGAUCAUGGGGGCUGACCUGCUGACAAUAAAAACCAAAGAGGAGAACGACUUUGUAUCCAAGUACAUAAAUUACGACCCUCUCAUCACCAGUCGAGCAUGGCUCAGCAUGAACCUCGAUAAUCAAGGUAAACCUGUAACCUGGCAGGAUGGCUCAGCUCUGUCUUACUCUAACUGGAAGUCGGAUGGCGCAUUUACCGGGAAGCUGUCGGAGUCCCGCUGUGCCGUCAUGAUGUCAGAAGACGAGGGAAAGUGGAAUUUUGUGAACUGCGAGGCGAGCCGCAGUCGUGUCAUCUGCAAAACUAAAGCGAAGUCUGCAGGCUCUCCAGUGGCGCUGGUCUUCUUCAUCAUCAUCCUCAUAGCUCUCGUUUCAACCAUCGGCUUUAUCAUCUAUAAGAAGAAAAGACACCACUUCACCUCCACCGUCCGCUACAAGAGGACCUACGAUGAAUCGGACAACACCAGUAUUAUAACAGACGCCGACUGAGCUUGAUCUGAGUCGUCAGCCUCAGGGAGUAUUGAUGUGCCUGCCUCGUGUGCAUUUUAGUAGCUAUAGCAAGAGCGGAUGCAGCCUUCCCUUUUUCCAAAAUAAUUUAUUAUGUUCAAACUGCAAACUUUCAAGAGUGGCGUGUUAAAACUGUAAAUAUUAUAAGAGAAUUGUGUUUAUCUGCCAAUUCAGUGUCUUAAUUUGGAUUAUUUUAGAUUUUGUUUAUUUACCCGUGUUAUACUUAAUGUAAAUAAUUGGGGUUUAUUCUCUCCGAUUGAUGUGAGUUGGGCGUUAAGUUUGAUCUGUCUUUUUUUUUUUAGAUUAUAAAAAGAUUUUGAGUUGAUUUUAAGGAAGUAUGCAACCCACCAAAACCUGUCUUACACUCACGUUCAGCCUUAAUAGGUUAAAAAGCACUGGUGAGUGUUUGAGGGACUCCAAACUAUCAGAGACAAUGUGUGCAGUUGUUGUUUUAUACUGUAUAUACCAUUAAUUUAAUCUGAUUUCCGUUUUAUUUUUCAACUUCACAAAGUUUGAUUUCCACCUGGUGAGCAUUUAUCAUUACACGAAUAAACAUUUAAAUGCUCAAUCCACCUGAAAAAUACAAUAAAACCUAUUUUAUUUAACUUGAGUGUUAAAUAUUCAGAUAGUUUUCUCACAAAUUUGCAAAGACUGUAAACAAGAUGGAGAAUUAGCCUCUGUUAAAGUACAACUCAUAAAUAUGUGCGUGCAAAAACGAAGAAUGGUCUUUGAGUUUCAUCCAGGAUAGUCUUUGAGACUUUUGACUGCAGCUAACAUCUUUAAACCUCAGCAAAUCACAUUAAAACUAUCUGGAUUGAAACUUUCCGAUCUGGUUAAGAAAAUGCAUUUGUAUUUUUUAGGUCACUGGGACUUUAAAUAAGUAGAGGAAUUUUCCAUCGAUGAAAAUCUCCCAGACUGUGCCUUUUUUUAAUCAUUGCUACUUAAGAAGAAAUGGAAGUUUUCAAGCCACUGGAUAGGGGAACUUUCUUUUCAUGUUGACAUAUUAAUAACCUGCUGAUCUAUCGUGAUGACAGAGAAAAGUCAGAGGGUAAAAUUUCUAGUCCUGCUGAUUAGUUUUCCAAGUAUAGGACACUGUCUUAGCAUCAAGAUGAAUCAGACGCGUUUGUAUAAUUUGUUCAUGUAGUUCUGAUUUUCCUAUGCACUUAACUACUGAGCAAAAAAGCACUUUAAUAAGUCUCGGAGCGAUAAUUCUUGUUAUGUUUAAGCACAAUGAGGUUUCAUAUUGCACUGGUGUUUUCUGUAAAUGCUUUGUAAAUAUGUGAUGUUUGUUUUUAUAAUGGAGAAUGAACCAAAGAGUCGAAAUGUUGAAUGUCGAAAGCCUUUCUUUUCAGUUUUUCGAGCUGCCCGAGUAUGGCUUGUUUAAUCCACUUAUAUCAAGUUGUAAACCAAACUAUUGUGUGUGUUUUGUUUUUUUAUUAAUAACUUUCAAACUAUGCCUAAAUAGAUCUAUCAGGUCAAAUCAGGUACACUAUCACUCCAAUAAAACUUCCUCUCUUCAA